AUGAAGCAAGACGAGCUCACAGCGUUGCCGUCUUCGACGACCUUCAACAAGCGGUACCCGCGCCAACCUCGCUAUUACUCCACCAACGGCUCUAUUAUGGCGGGUUUUGAACCACCUGUGGGUCUAGGAAAGCCUGAUCCGAAACGACGAAAGUCCGGCUGGGUCUUUCUUCUGACAUGCGCAGCGUCUCUUGCUCUCGUUCUGGCGACAUCCAGGCUCUACAUACCCCAUUCUCUUGGACUUAGCAGCAGCGUGAGCGACUUCAUCUCGCGCUCGCUACUCUGCGACACAGCAAUUCGCGACUCCAAGUUUGAGCAUUCUCCAGAUGCUGACGCAGAUGAGCUGGACGAUGAUGGCUUUUCCCGGACGGAUGACGUAAAGUUCGAUAAUUAUAGCCUGUUCCUCAAGGGACAACGAAUCUUUCUUCACUCGGGGGAGUUCCAUACAUUCAGACUGCCUGUGCCCUCGCUAUGGCCGGAUAUCCUCGAAAAGUUCAAAGCGGCGGGGCUGAAUUCAGUGAGCGUGUAUACGCACAUGGGCCUCAUCAACCCAGCACCUGGUGUCGUCGACUUCGGUGGUUUCCGUGCGCUCCAGCCUCUUUUCGAUGCAGCGAAAGCGGCUGGGAUCUGGGUCGUACUCCGCCCUGGACCUUACAUCAAUGCUGAGACGACCGCUGGAGGGAUAGCACAUUGGAUCACCAGCGAGGUCCCAGGUCAACUCCGCACCAACGCCACUGAUUGGAGGAUGGCAUGGGAUGAUUAUAUCCGUGGAAUCAUCCAAGAGACAAGCCCAAACCAGAUCAACAGAGGCGGUCCGGUCAUCGCUGUGCAAAUUGACAACGAAUUUGGCACAAGCAUCCCUGUGUUCCAAGAAUACUUCGAGGACCUGUUGGAUAUCUACCGUAGAUCCGGUAUUGUCGUUCCUCUAACCUACAAUGACCCUGGUCAAAGGAGGAACUUUAUCAAUGGAACUGGAGCGGUUGAUCUUUACGGCCUUGAUGCCUAUCCGCAAGGCUUCGACUGCUCCAAUCCCACCGGAUGGCGUCCAGUAACAACAAACUAUCACGCCUACCACCAGGAAGUCAACCCUUCGCAACCGUGGUACUUCCCAGAGUUCCAGGGCGGCUCAUUUGACGCCUGGGGCCCCACCGCGCCAGGCUACGGCCCGUGCCGCGUCCUCACUGGACCUGACUUCCAGUCUGUGUUCAACCUCCAGCUCUGGGCGAGCAAUGCGAAGCUAAUCAAUUAUUACAUGGUCUAUGGGGGUACCUCUUGGGGUGGCAUUCCAUUCCACGGUGUCUAUACUUCGUAUGACUACGGCUCUCCGAUAACCGAGUCGCGAGAGCUCACCACGAAGUUCGACGAGCUCAAGCGUCAGGGGAUGUUCGUCCGCAGCUCGCCCGAGUUCAUCAAGACCGACUGGAUAGCGGACGCCUCGAGCGGCUUGAGCGUCUCUACGAACCCCGCUGCGUUCAUCACCCUCUUGCACAACCCGGAUACCGGAGCCGCCUUCUAUAUCGCCCGCCAGACCGAUUCCACCUCAACGGCAACGACGGAUUUUAAAUUGAAUGUGACAACCUCCGAGCUAGGUGCCGUGCAGAUCCCUGUCGUCGCGCCGUCGAUCACCCUGGGCGGACGUCAAUCGAAAGUGGUCGUGACGGAUUACGCUGUCGGCGCGUCUUCCAAAGUCACGUAUUCAACUGCGCAGGUGUUCUAUGCUGGCACGAUCGACGGAAGAGAUGUCCUGUUCUUGUAUGGAGACGCGGACCAGGAGCACGAAGUUGCGCUCAAGCUCACCGGCACGCCGAACAGAGCACAAAGCUCAUCCAACCCGCUCGUCCAACUCACUCCCGCCUCUAGCAUGGGCGUCGUCACUGCGGACCCUAUCACCCUCGUCAACUUUCUCUCGGGAAUCGAGCAGCUUGUCACCAUCUGGGACUCUGACACCCAGCUCGUCCUGUACGCCGACUCCGUCACCGCCGCGACGUUCUGGUCGCCGGUCAUCUCGGGCGACGCCAAUGACGCGUUCCGACACUUCUGGGGCAUCGGGACGAACACGUCCAUCCUCGUGGGCGGGCCGCACCUCGUAAGAGGGGCCACGAUUGAGGGCACGACACUCGCGCUGCGAGGGGAUUUGAAAGAGGAUGUGCGCCUCACUGUGAUCGCCCCGCGGAGCGUGCGCGCAAUCACGUGGAAUGGGCAGAGCGUGUCGGGCGAUGUUGCUGCGUCGGAGGCGUUGAGUGCUGCUGGCGGAUUCGUAGGGCAGUUGGCUGUCAACAACGCAUUGGCUGGUGGUUUGGGUAUUCCGAAAUUGACAGGGUGGAAGUUCAAGGACAGCCUUCCCGAAAUUGAAGAGACGUUUGACGAUUCAGAGUGGACUGUUGCGGAUCACACGAAGACGAACAUUCCUCUCAAGCCCUACUAUGGCGAUGGGAGAAUUCUCUACGGUUGCGACUAUGGAUUCUGCGAGAACGUCGUUCUCUGGAGAGGUCAUUUCACAGCAACAGGGGAAGAGAAGAGCCUCAAUUUAUCGAUUAACGGAGGACAAGCGUUCGCUGCCAGCGUAUGGGUGAACAAUGUGUUCCUCGGAACCUCAUUUGGAAACUCGACCAACAACCUCAACAGACUGGAAGAGACUGACGACAAAUUUACGUUCCCUCCUGGUGCUUUACUCGCGGGCAAGGACAAUGUGAUCACCGUCGUGCAGGAUAACAUGGGUCUGAACGAAACCUCUGGGACCAACACCGAUAGCUCCAAGAGUCCUCGAGGCAUCCGAGGUUUUGCGCUUGAUGGAAAUACAUUCACGACAUGGAAGGUGCAAGGCAAAGUUGGUGGUUACAACCACUACCCAGACAGAACCCGAGGCGUCCUGAACGAAGGUGGCCUCUUUGGCGAGCGCCAAGGCUGGCACCUCCCCUCCUUCAGCACCACCGAUGGGUGGACCGAGCGCGAUCUCUCCACGGGGCUCCCAAAUAGCGCUGCAGGCGUCGGCUUCUUUGUGACGACCUUCAAGCUUGACAUCCCGAACGAGCUCGACGUGAUGCUCUCGUUCACUUUCGAGGAACCGUUCGGGCAGCCCUAUCGUGCAUUCUUGUUUGUGAAUGGCUGGAUGAUGGGGAAGAGGGUUGCGAAUCUCGGUCCUCAAGACAAGUUCCCUGUGCAUGAAGGCAUCUUGAACUACCGUGGAGAAAACACCGUCGCGGUAGCCCUCUGGGCCAUGACACCGAACGUGACCAUCUCGCCAAACCUCCAACUCUUCCUCGAUGCUGUGUACGAUGGUGGCGUUGGGAAUAUCCAAACUGACAACCCUCCGUGGACGCCUGUCGGACGCCUCCAAGCCUGA